CCUCGUUACUGGUUUACCUGGUCGUAGUAUGGAGACUCUAAAAGUGACUACUGGUACUCGAUCCACCACGACUCUCAAAAUAACAACAUCCAACAGGAGCUAUGAAGCAGAGCGUUACAGAAAAAUGUUGGUUGGGAAAUGAUACCCCUCGCAAGUAAGUAUACAUAGUAGGUGCGUCCACUUCUUGCUCUGGUACUCAUAUGUCAAGUUUCAUUCUCUGUCUAUCGCAUUAUUAUUCUUUCGUUGUUCGUCAUUGAAGCAUUGAUGAUCUUUUCCUAUUCAUAAUGAGGAGCCUGCUUAUUUCCCUCGUUUUUCUUGCCCUUCAAUAUCAUAACUUGGUCGAAGCAUCGACAACGGCUCGGCCAGGCCAGAAGCUGAUGCAGGCAUCGAGCUCUAACUCAACUGUUGGAUUACUUGCACCCAUCCUAGGGCUUUUUAAGAAGCGGCAGGAGCAAGUUCGCGCAUCGACAUGCGGAUUCGGCGAGGGAAGGGCAGACCAUCCUCGUACUGCCGACGCUGGCUUCGACUGCCGUGUCGACAUACAGAAGCAACUAUGGGGAUUCUGUCCCACCACAGUCAUAGCAGCAAGUGACUGUGGUCUUGCGGGUGCAUGUGUUGAUAACCAUGCCUGCUCUACUGGAUGUGGCAUCUCCGGCGAUUCCACUGUCACGACUUUUCACUGCACGGAUGCCGGUAACGACUUUUGCUCGACUGCGCUCCUGACCGCGGGUCCGGAUCAGACGUAUGCGUAUAUUGCCUGCGCAAAUACACCUAAAACAGACCACUUGCUGGCGUCGCCUACAUCGUUUACAACAACGCCAACACCAACGAAGACUCCCACUCCCGCUGAGAAAUCCACUACCAUCCCCCCAACGACCUCCACCACACCUCCACCCUCAUCUUCGAGUACGACCUCAACGUCUUCUUCGGACUCUUCGGACUCGGCUUCCUCAUCGUCUUCAGACCAUAUCACUUCGCCUCCGCCGACCGGCGCAGGGAUAUCUGCCCCAACAAAGCUGGUGUCAGACGAAUCGCCCUCUUCAUCAUCAUCUGAUACUGCGGCCACGCCUCCAUCCGCCCCUAACAACGUCGGCGCCAUAGUGGGAGGCGCAGUUGGCGGCGCCGCCCUAAUCUGCUUCGUCAUCCUCGGUGUCAUGUUCCUACGGAAGCGCCAGCGUGACCGGGAGCCUAAGCAGCCCUCGCCGUCUAUCGGCAAGCCCGCCAUCUCCGGGCCCUUCCACUUCCCCGACAUGCAGACCUCUAUCAGUAGAGAUGCUAGUAUGGGAAGCACCGACAAGUUCGACCCGUAUGCUAAGUACGAGGUGUAUGCGAAUCCGUAUCACCGUAUGCCGCCUCCUCCUCCGAGGCGGUAUACCCCUGUUGAGUUGUCGGCGUAUAGAAUGUCGCAUAGUCCAUAUGAGCUUGGUUCUUGAUGGACGAGGGGUUAUGGGAUGGCAUAUUGAGCGUUGUCCUUAUGAGAUUUACGAGUUUUUUAUAGUCUAGAUAAUAUACAUG